UCAAUCAGACUUGAUAACAGGAGCUCUGUGAUCCCAAUGUUGCAGCCGUAAUCCCACCGAGGCGUCCGCGUCAUGACCCAUUCCGAUUUCGAGCUCCAGCACUCCAGCACUGAUACUCGCAGCGCCGAGAUCGUCGACAAGGAAGAGGUUGCCGUCAAGGAAGUCGAUGUGCAGGGAGCUGACAGCCCGACGUUCGGCGCUCAAUGGGAGCUGGAGAUCUUCACCUACCAUGAACGGAACGCUGGACGGCUGGUGAUUGAUCCAGAAGAAGCAAAAGUGGAGUUUGGAGAGGAAGUUGCGAGGCACUUGAAAUUGUCGAAGGAUGGUUCAAAGGUGCUAUGGCCCCAGCCUAGAGAUGACCCAGAAGAUCCGCAGAAUUGGUCUGAUGGUCGCAAGAGCCUCCAGCUGUUUAUAAUCACUCUCGCAGCUAUUGUUCCGGACUUUGAUGGUGCUAUUGGCAUCGCAGCGCUUUUCCAAUUGGCGGAGCGAUUUGACACCACAACCGGCGUGAUCAACAAUUUGACAUCAAACUGGAGUAUCUUCCUCCUCGGAUGGGGCAGUAUCUUCGCUGUCAUGUUGAUGCGUCGUUACGGACGACUCCCUGUGCUCUUCUGGUCACAGGUUCUAGCGCUUGCGUUCGUCGUCGGGUGUACUUUCUCUCCAAAUUUGAAUACCUUCACAGCUAUGCGUUGCUUGAUGGAGUUCUUCGGAACGACCCCGCAGGUCACAGGUCUGUUCGCCGUCACCGACAUGUACCCGUUCCACCUUCAAGCCCGGAAGCUCAACGUCUGGACGAUGGGGUUCAUCAUCUCUCCGUUCCUCGCCCCGUUUGCCUUGGGAUUCCUCGCCGCACGUGCGAACUGGCGCUGGACGUACGCUGUCGGCUCAUUCUACACCACGAUCGUCGUGCUCCUAAUACUCUUUUUCGGCGCCGAAACGAUGUACGACCGCUCCCUUCCAAAGCCGAACCCUAUCGCACGACCGAAGUCGCGGCUGCGAUAUCGCAUCGAGACGCUGGUCGGGAUCACAGGAUGGCGCAUGGCGCGCUUCCGGACGGCGUGGAAGCCGGUGGUGCUCGCGUGUGCAAACUUGGCGUGGCGUCCGCAUAUUCUGAGCAUCUUGGUCUUUGAGGGGGUCAUCUUUGGCUUCACGACUGCUAUCAACACCACGACCGCCGUCUUCCUCGCCGAGUCGCCACCUAAAGGAUACGGCUUUAGCGAAUACGCCAUCGCAGGCACUUACGGCACCCCCAUCGUCGCCGUCCUGCUAGGCGAGCAGAUCGGGCACUAUCUCAACGACUGGAUCAUGGAGGUGUGUAUCCGGAGGAAUAAAGGCGUGUUCGAGGCCGAGAUGCGUUUGUGGACGUGUUAUGUUUCGGUGCUGUUGUACGUCGCGGGGUUCAUCGUGCUCGGGGCGUCGAUGGAGCGCUUGAGCAUCGCGGGUCUCGUGCUGGGCUGGGGCAUCGCGCAGUGCGUCGUGGUGUUCUGCACUGUCGCAGUGUACGCAUACUGCAAUGACUGCUUUCCAGACAGACAGGGCGAGAUCUCCGCGCUGGUCAACCUCGCGCGCACGCUCGGCGGGUUCGCGGUGGACUACUUCCAGGUGCCGUGGGCGACGCAGGACGGGGCGCUGCAGACGUUUGGCGUCGAGGCGGCGAUCGUGGCUGCGCUGUUCCUGCUUAUCGUGCCUGCGCUGCAGGUCAAGGGGGCGUACCUUCGGGCAAGGUUUUCGCAGUGAGAGUGGAUGAUCGAUGAGGGAUGGGGGAUGAGGAGGGAUGGUGGGUUCGCGAUUGGAGGCUUUGCGUGGAGUGGUGCUACCGAUGCUCCGGAGGAGGUGGAGGAUAAUCGCAUAGCCUACUAGACAUGAACACAUUGACGGCCAUGAUCAUAGCUGUCAUUCCGCUCAGACAAUGCCAGCCACACAACUGAAGCUCUCGGGCCAAAGCGUGUGUCCUGCUCUCAGACUGCGUGAUCGGUGCUGGUGCUGCGAUUACGUUGAGAAUCGUGAGCGCGAGCGACAUUGUUCCCUUUUGCCGAUGUGAGUGUUCGGGUGAAUGGUAAGAUAGCAAUGCAGGUCGCCAGGUGAUGUAUCAUUCGUACGUGAGACGCUGGCCUCAGGUGGUGCCUGACAGCCGCAUGACGAGUCUUUGUACAGUACAUAAGCAGUUUGAUCGUGAGGAC